AUGCAUUCUUCUCAACCUUCUUCUAGACUACAUCUGGAUGACUGCCAUGUCCCUGAUCCAGACCCUUUGACUCGAAUUCGAGCCCUGAUCGAAAUGCCUGCCCAGGCAGGUCUCAAUAUCAAUUAUGGCCUCCCGGUCAUGGUCUUGCUACCAUUGGCAGCAGCAGCGAAGAUAUUCGACUGGCAUGCAACGAUUGUUUUGGUGGUCAACAUCGUUGCUAUUAUUUUCUUAUCCGAGGCUAUCUCUAUCUCUUCCGAGGAACUUGAGGAACACCUCGGUGAAUUGCAGGGUGCGCUUCUUAGUGCUACCUUUGGAAAUACUGUUGAGCUGACAGCGGGAACCCUGGCCUUGGUCCAUGGAGAAAUCCCAUUCGCGCAAUCUGUUAUGGUCGGCAGUAUUCUCUCGGAUAUCCUUCUGGUUUUCGGCUGCUGUCUAGUAACAGCAUCCUACAACAAAGAUGUCCUGGAAUUCAACGGCGCUCUAGCAAAGACACUUUCAUCACUGAUGAUGAUAACAGCAGUGGCACUACUUCUACCAACAGCGCUCUACUCAACAUUCCCAGUAUCCGAAAUCGACAGCAGGGUGUUAUCCUUCUCGCGCGGUACUUCUUUCGUGCUACUUAUCCUCUAUGCUGGCUAUCUUUACUUCUACCUCGGAACUCAUAAGCAUCUCUUCAUCUCAUACGAAGACAAAUCCGAUGAAGAAGAUGAGAAUGUUGAAUCAUCCAUGCCAACAACGACAGUGAGUCUGGCUUCUUCUGUCAUCAGAUUGGUGACAGCUGUCGCAGCCACAGUCUUCUGCACGGAACUUCUACUCGAAAGCGUGGGUGAUAUGGCAGAGACACUUGGGACUUCGCAUAGCUUUAUUGCGCUUGUAUUCAUUCCGUUGGCGAGCAACAGUACUGAGGGCGUGACUGUUAUUUCCUCGUCGCGGCCUGGUAAUGCUGACUCUGCGAUUCGAGUGAUCAUCGAUAGUCUUUUGCAGAUUGGCCUGUUUGCGAUUCCGCUCUUGGUUAUUAUGGGAUGGUGCAUCGCCGAGCCGAUGACUCUUUUCUUUGACUCUUUCCAGACUGUUGCUAUGUUUUUGGCUAUUCUGGUUGUUAAUCAUUUGCUGAGGGAUGGGCAAUAUGCUUAUAUCCAUGGUGCCAUGUUGAUUGCGCUGUAA